AUGGACCAGAACUCCUCUGGCCUCCAGAGCAAGGGGACAGCAGCUCCCUACAGCAGAAAAAAUGAAACCCAAGACCCUCUGAAAGGAAACUCCAUCCUCCCAGAUGCUGCCCAAAGUCAUCGGGUCAACAUACAUGCACCUGUGCCCAUCAUCCACACUCAAGGACUCAACAGCCAGGAGCCGUCAACAUCCAUACCUCAACGAAGGGUGAGAAUCCAGGAACCGCCAGCAUCCACCGUCCUUCCUUAUAGGCUCAGCACCCAAGCCUCUUCCCCAUCCACUGUUCUCCCUCAAAGGCUCAGCACUCAAGAGACCCCUUCUCAGGGUUCCCAGCCCAAUACACAACGUAUACAAUCUGUUGCCUACAAUCGCUGUCCCAGUUCCAGAGAGAGCUCUUCCCUUUACCAUAAUCACCGACUCAACAUCCUAAACUCUCAUACCCUGGGCAGUGUCCAGUCAGAAAGCUUACAAACUGAUGCUGACAGCCCCCUCUCCUUGAUCCAGUCACACAAACUCAACAGAAAACAAGCCCGGCCCAGUGUGGAUGUCCCCCCAUCCAUAACCUGCAGCCCAGAGGCCAGCAUCGAGAGCUUUGAGUCCUUUGUCUGGAACUCCAAGGAUAGUUUAAGAGAACAUUUACACAGUUCUCUGUCCAGUCAGAGCACUCUAGGCAAUUUCUCCAAACUGGCAAGCCUUUCUACGGCAAUGGGCUCCAAUAGGACUCAGAGCAAACACUGGCCACUGCUGCGCAUGGGCUGGAUGCUGUUGCUGGAAGCCAAGAAGAUCAGCCAGUACCUUAGCCUGGUGCUGACUGUGGUCGCCAUGCUUAUGCUCAACCUCAUUGCCUUCUGGCAGCCCUGGAUCCACUUCCAAGUGCCUCUAGUGCCCUCAGUGGACCCCACUGGCCCCAAGACCAUCCCCAUUGACACCACCUUCUUCAUGGGCUGCCCUGACAUCUCCUGUAUGAAUGACUAUGGUAAGAAUGCUUACUUGCUGGACCUGGCCUGGGCCUGCCUCCUCAUCUCCGGAAUCAUGAGUUUCUGUGUGUGUAUGGGUCUCAUCAGAACCAUAUUCUUCUCCAGCACCAACACGCCCUCGAUGGACUUCUUUCUCUUCAUCUGCAGCCUCAUGACAGGGAUCAGCAUCAUUCUGGGGGUCCUGUUCUACCUGAUGCAAGCCAGAGAGUUCUUACAGGAAGGCAUGGUCUACACGAUGGGGAGCAGCUUCUACCUGGCCUGGAUCAGUGUCUUCUUCUUCUUCAUGAUUGGUCUCUUCUCCUAUCUGAACUACAUGAACUUCUGGUCCAUCCUGCCAGUCCAAGCCAGGUGGUCCUAG